AUGGGGGCCUCUGUGUCCUCUGAGGAGAGUCGCCUGCAAGCUGCUCUGCUGCUACUUUCACAAAACCCACAGGCGAGGCUACUCCAGCAGCAGCAACAGCAGCAAGAGCAACAGCAGCAGCAACAGACGGAGGGGACGCAGCAGGCGGAAUGGCGUUCCCUUUCUUCUGCCAUUUUGCAACACUUUGGGGAGGACUCCCCUUGUCGCUGGUCCGACGAGGCGUAUUUAGACAGUCUAUGGCUGAAGGGGCAACAGCUGACGGAUGAGGCCCCUGUGCUGCUUCAUGAGCUUCUGCUGGCUCUGCAGCAGCAGCAGCAACAACAACAACAGCAUCAGCAAGGUACAGGGGUAACGUAUUCAGGAGAUGAGCCUGCGGGCAGCAGUUCCACCUGUCCCGCCGCAGCUGCUGCGGCUGCUGCGGCUGCUGCGGAAAGAGCAGCAGCAACAGCAGCAGCAGCAGCAACAGCAGCAGUAGCAGCAUAUGAGAAUUGGCAAACAGACACGCUGCUGCUCCUUCAGGUAGUGCAGCAGCUGCUGCAGUCGCCUGCGUUGUUUAAGCACCUAGCAAAGGCCCCCCACAACUCCUGUCUGCGACAGCUGCUGCAGCAGCUGCUGCAGGGGGCGAGAUGCAUGCGCUGUGCCUUAAAGUUUUCUCCUCCAGCAGCAGCAGCAGAGACAACAACAGCAACACCGAAGGCAGACAGAGGAACCGUGAUAGACGGGCAGCAGGAGCAACAGCAGCAGCAGCAGCAGCAGCACAAGCAGCAACAGCUGCUAUCUCGGCUCUAUCUCUACCAACUCGCCCUUAUAAGAUCGUUCAUUGCGCUUGUGCUGUACCUUGGCUGGCGGGGUGUCAUACACCUGGAGCAGCAGCAGCAGCAGCAGAAACGGCUGAUUGUUAGCAACAGACGGCAGCUGCUGCACCUGCAUGCAGUAUCGAUGGCAUGGCGAGAGGCAUGGAUCGAUUCCGAUCUGCUUCUGCAGCUGCUGCUGUUCUGCCGCUACCUGCAGCAGCAGCAGCAAGAGCGGCAAGGAAGCUGCGGCACUGUGGAGCAUCCAAUGUGCAGCAGUGCAACAGCAGCAACAGCAGCAGCAGCGGCAACCACUGCUGCUGGUACGAUCGAGCCCGUCUCCCUUCUCUACACCUGCGUUGCCCCAUCAGCGGCACAGAUACCUCCUCGAGUUGCUGCUGCUGCACAACCCACAAGCAGCAGCAGCGGCAGCGGCAGCAGCAGCAGCUACUGCUGUGAGUCUGCUGUUGUUCUUGAUUCUGUUGCUGCAGAGGACUCAUCGAAGACAGCAGCAGCAGCAACAGCAACAACAACUGCAACAGCAGGAGCAGCAACAAGCCAGAAUAUGACAGUUGCAGCUGUAGCACCAUUAACUGCUGCUGUUGUUGCUACCUCUGCUGCUUCUGCUGCUUCUGCUGCUUCGGUCUUGGUGGAAGCAGCAGAUGCUGAAGUGAUAUGUGCUGCGCUGCAGCUUUGUUGCUGCUGCUUAGGAGAGAAGCAGCACAGCCCUAUGGUGCUGCUCCUGCGAGUUGUUGCUGCAUGCAGCAGGAGCAGCAGCGUUGCUCUUAUAUUAGAUCUUACGCAGCACCCACACGAAAGAUGCAGACGCAGGGCGCUGCUGCUGCUGCAGCAGGUGCUGCUGCAUGCGUCGGCACCUCUUAGAAACCAGAUUGCUGCUGUUGCUGUUCGCGUUGGCAUGUUGCUGCCUCUGCUGCUGCGGCUGCUGCUGCUGCUACAACAAGGCGGCAGGCAGCAGCAGACCGCCACCUGCUUAGCUCCACUAGAAGGCCUGACGCCGCAGCAGCACCAGCAGUGGCGGCAGCGGAAGCAGCAGCAGCAGCAUGAAACCCUACCAAGAGAUUUUAGUGAGUUGGAGGAAGUUAGGGGUGAUUUCGCUGUUGCUGCCGCUUCUGGCAGCAGCAACAACAGUUUGCUGCUGCUGCAGAAGCAGCAGCAGCAAGUACACCAGACGGAGGAGACGCUGCUGCUGAAUGUUCUGGCGCUGCUGUGUGGUGAGCUUUCCGGUGACUGCAGCAGCAGCACCAACGACAACAGCAACAGCAGCAAAAGUAACAGCAGCAACAGCAGCAGCUACGGCUGCCCCAGCGGUAGCAGCAAGUGCUGUAGCAGCAGCGACCAACAAGUUCUGCUGCAGCUGCUGCACUUAAUGCCUCCGUCUGCCUUGCUACAGCUGCAGCAGCCUGCCGCCCCAUCCCCUGGUGCUGCUGGUCGUACUAGGAGGAGGAGCAGCAAGAGCAGCAGCAGCUGCUGCAGCGAGGAGGGCGGCAUCCUUUGCCCCGUCCUUGGGCGCUGCGUUGCAGCAUCAGAGGAAAGUCUGCUGCUUGGAUGGGAAUACAGCAGCAGCAACAGCACCAGCAGCAACAGCUGCAACAGCAGCAGCAGUACGGCGCUGCUGCCGAACUGCAGCAGGUGGGAUGCACCCAUGAAGUGGCGUCUCUUUGCAGCUGCCCUGCAGCAGGCUGUUGUGCAGCAGCAGCAGCAAGAACGACAGCAGCAGCGUCGACAGGCUGACAACAGCAAAUAUGUUUCCGCACUGCUGCUGCUGCUGCAGCAGCAGUGGGAUGAUUUGCUGCUCUUCCGCGGCCUGUGCGGUGGAGUGUACGUUGAGCUGCUGCAGGAGGACUGGAUGUCGCUGUUGUUGCUGUACGUACAGCAGCUGCUGCAGCAGCAACAGAAGCAGCAGCAGCAACAGCAGCUUAUUCCGAGUUAUCAGAGCUUCCUUCGACUGCCGCUAGACAUUGGCGGAGCUAGCCAGCUACUGCAGCAGCAGCAGCUGCUGCACGUGCAGCUGCUGCAGCAGCACUGGGGUGUACAUAACCCUGCAAUGUCUGCUGCUGCGCUGCAGCAGCUCCUCCGUCGCUUGGCGGUGCUGCAGCGCAUGCAGCGAAGGCGUGCAGCAGCACAAAGAGCUGCCUUCAACUGCGGCAGCAGCAACGGCAACAGCAGCAAUAGCAGCAACAGCAUUGAUGAGGUGUGGGGCUGGGAGAUGCUGGAUCUCCAUUCGUUGGGGAAAACCCUCCAGAGCAGCAGCAGCAGCAGCAGCAAUGCCGUUGCACGGGGAUGUGAGCUGCUGCAGAUGGAUUCGAAUGCAGCUGCAGCGGCAACUGGAGCAGCAACAGCAGCAGCAGCAGCUGCUGCUGCACGCCUUGCUGAAGGUGCUGCAUGCACGUUGCUGCGGCGCGGCAGCGAGGAGUUGCUGCUGCUGCAGCACGCUGCUGCAGCAGAAGUUGUCAGAGACCCUUCAGCCAUGUGCAAUGCUGUGGUGCAACAGGUGCUGCUGCACUCGGCAGCACCUGCGGCUGCUCUCCUGCCGCUACUUCUGCUGCUGUGGAAGCGGCUGCUGCAGUGUUAUCCCCAAGCGCUGCAGCUGCAUAGCAACAGCAGCAGCAGCAGGUCUCUGCAGCAUGACUCGCUGCUUGAAGCAGACUCACCUUUAGCUGCUGGUGGUUCUGAUGCUGUUGCUGCUGCUGGUGCAACGGCUUCCUCCAGCGUAGCAGCAGGGACGGCAGCAAAGACAACCGCUGCAGCACCAGCAGAAGCAGCAGCAGCAACCAUUUCGCGCGUCGAAGGGAUUGAGGUUGCUGUUGUGUUGCUGCAGCAGGGGGGGUCGCUACCUCAAGCCGCGCGAAGCCUAGCUCUGAACGUGCUGCUGCUGCUGCUAGCAGCAGCCAGGCAGCAGCAGCAGCAGCAGAAGCACGUUGCCUGGCUGCUGCUGCAGUGUAAUGCGCACCGGUUGCUAUUGCUGCUGGUGCGCGCAUUCGUUGCUCAGGAGCUGCAGCGGCUGCAACACAACAUGCAGCAGCAGAAAUGGCAGCAGAAGCAGCAACAGCAGCAUGCUGCAGGUACUUACAGGAGCAACCACCAUGCAGCUGCAGAGGUGCUGGUGCAACUGCUGGGCAUCCCUGAAGCAGCCGCCGCCGCCGCAGCACCAGCAGCAACAGGGCCUGCACCAGCACGUGCAGCAGCAGCAACAGCAGAUUGUGCGGAUGACAAUAUUGAACAGACAAUUUCUUGCAGCGGGGCAGCAGCUGCUCUAAAUGCAGCACAGGACGGCCGUGGCACUCAUAGUGGACUGAGGAGCUACAGCAGCGACAGCAGCAACAUCAACAUCAGCAGCAGCAGCAGACACAGCAGCAGCAGCAGACACAGCAGCAGGCAAAACGGCAACAGCCGAAGGCUGAAGACACCCGUCCGACGGCCAGUUCUGAAGUCUUCAAUAUCCACCACUUGGACAGAGCGGCGGGGACGGCAGCAACAGCAACAGCAACAGCAGCAACAGAAGCAACAGAAGCAACAGCAGCUGCAGAUGCGGCGGCGAGAGGCUUCGCCGCUGCCAUCGCUCCUUAGUGCUGCUGGCAGCGAACUUUACGAUGACAGCAGCAGCAGCGGAAGCAGCGCUCGCCACCACAAUCUAUGCAGCAGCAGCAACAACAACAACAGCUGCAGUAACAGCCGCAGAAGCAGUAAUGGAUCAGCUGACCUGAAAUACAGCAGCAAAUUCAACAGCAGCGGGAACUACAGCAGCAAGCGCAGCAGCCGACGCAGCAGGUGGGAACAGACGCAUGCGUAUCAUGGCGUGCAUGGAGCAGCAGCAGCAGCAGCGACAGCAGCAGCAGUACCUACGGCAACAGAAGCAGCAGCAGCAGCAACAAUAGCUACAGAAGCAGCAGCAGCAGCGACACGCCGGACGAUCAAGCAACAGAAACAGCAGCAGAGGCAGCAGGAGCAGCAAUGCAGCAGCACUUUGCUGCAGCAGCAAUGGCAGCAGCAUACUGGCUACAGGGACUCCUCUGUGGAUUGCAAGCAACAGCAGCAACAGGGCCAAGAGCAGCACAAGCAGCAACAGCCACAACAGCAGCCACAGAAGCGGCAGCCACAGGAGCAGCAACCACAGCAGCAGCAGCAACAACACCAGCAGCAGCAACAGCAGCAGCAGCAGCAGGAGCUGCUGCUGCUGCCUGCCGUGUCUCCAUUUGCUGUUGCAAAAUUAUCUCCUGCUGAAGUUGCUGCUGCUCUACAUGCAUUGCAUUUGGGGUGUAUCAGCGCUGCCGAUUUGCUGCGCUGCUGCAUGCAGAUUUGCUCCGACCCCCGCCAGCAGCAACAGCAGCAGCAACAAAAGCAGCAAGGCGGCAGCAGCAGCAGGUUGCUGCCGAGCCCUCUUGCUCGUUUGCUUCAAGCUGAAGCCUCUCUCACUCUCUCGGCUGCAGCAGAGAAGGCAGCAGCAACAGCAACAGCAGCGGGAGCAGCAGCCCAGCGCGACAUGCGAGGGCCUGUCGCGUUGGCCGCUCUUUUCUCCUCCUGUGCUGCAGGGGCAGCUGUAGAGACACCCGAACUUAUAUGGAGCAACAAACUGCAGCAACAGCUGCUGUUGCAGCUUUUGCACCCUAUUGCCGGUUUGCUGCAGCGCGACAGCAGCAGCAGCAACAACAACAGCAGCAGUAAGGGAGUUUGUGACGGCCUCAGCUUUACUACCGCGCUAAACGCUCCUUUGGGCCUGCAGCAGCAAAAUGCAGCAGCAGCAACUGACUGUCUUGAUGUGGCCAAUAAAGAUGGGAUGGGUUCUGAUUGUGCUGCUGCUGCUUCUGCUGCUGCUGCUGCUGCUUCUGCUUCUGCUGCUGCUGCUGUCUUUGUACAUCACAGACAGCUGUCUUUACUGCUGACAGUAGGAAGACUCUUUGUGCUCCCGUCACUCCUGCGGGCAGAGACACUUUGGUGUUGGCUGCUGCAGCAAAUCAAGCAGCAACAGCAGCUGUUGCUGCAGCAGCAGCAGCAGGAGCACACGCUAUAUAAAUUGAGCAGCAGCUCUGUGUGCCUCCACCACGCCUUAGAGAAGCAGCACCAGCUGCAGCAGCAGCAGCUCGCAAGCAAACGUGCUGCAGAGGAACCAGCAGCAACUGCAGCAGCAGCAGCAGCAGCAGCAACAGCUUCCGUGCAUGGUGCUACUUUGCAGAUAUGGUUUGCUGCAGCAUUGCAGCAGCAAGACCGGCUGCUGCAGGAGCUGCAGCUGCUGCCGUUGCCUCGUCAAAGAACGCAGCAGCUGCCUCUUAAGUGUUGGCGCGCACCGCAGCAGCAGCAGCAACUGCUUUUGCUGCAAGAGGAAAAGAAGAAGCAGCGACAGCAGAAGCAACAACAGCAGCAGCGGCCUGUAACGCUGUUGCUGCAGCUGAUACAAUGCUUCCACACGCAUGUUGGGUUAAAGCUGCAGCAGCAGCAGCCAGGCGACUUCAACGGCAGCAGCAGCAACAGCGACAGCAGCAGCAGCAGUAAAAACGGAGCAUGCUGCUCAAGAAGGAUCUGCAGCGAACUGGAUUUGUUGCAGUUGCUGCGUUUGGAGCAGCUCCUACUUUUGCUUUUCCCUAGCAUGUUUGUGCGCUGCAGCUGCAGCAGCGGCAGCAAAUUGGCGCGCAGCGCAGCAGCAGCAACAGCAGGAGUAGAAGCAGUAACGGAGGGUUAUUGCGGUUGCAGUGUGUGCCACGCGCAGCAGCAGCUGCUACAGCAGAUAGAAUGCCUCUUGCGCAGCAGGUGGCUGCUGCCGACCUCGCUGGUGCUGCAGUCAGUGUUGCUGCUGCAUGCGUCGCUGCAGGUAGCCUUGGCCCAGGCGACAGCAGCAGCAACAACUGCAGCAGCAGCAACAACAACAACAAUUGCACCAGAAUCACAUCCACUGCUGCUACAACGCAUCAUCAACUCAGACGCUGUCCCCCAGUUGCUUUUGCUGCUGCAGGAGCUCCAGUGCGGGAGCCUGCAUCAGCAGCAACAGCAACGGCAGCAGCAGCAGCAGCAAUCGCGCAAGUCUUCGCUGCUGCAGCAGCUGAGGCAGUACUUGCAGCAAGCAGCAGUUGCCGAUUCACCUUGCAGCAAUAGCAGCAGCAACAGCCCCCGAGGACGGGACAGCAGCAGCAGCAGCAGCAGCAGGAAGAGCAGCCGUAGCAGCUGCAGCACAGGCGGCAGCAUCAGUACUAAUGAUGCAACAUGCAGCAACAGCAACCCUUCAGACGAUUUUCCUGCGCAGAAAAAGCAACUGCAGCAGCAGCAACAGCAGCAGCUGCAGGAGGAGCAGGAGCAGCAGCAGCAGCACAAGGGGAAACUAAAGAGGAAGGGGAUCAGCAAGCUUGUGCUGCAACAAAACAGUUUGCUGCAGCUGUCGCUUUUAUCCUCAUCUGCAUUUGCUGCUGCUCUGAUGCCCCCAGCGAAGAGUGAUGCAAUAACCAGUGGUCUGCAGCAGCAGGAGCAGCAGCAGCUGCAGCAAGGACAGCAUCAGCCGCAACAACAGUUGCAUCUCCGUCUGGCAGUGUUGGAAACAGUUUACUGCCUCAUCUCCAAUGCACCCGUUGCGCGGUGGGCUGCAGCCUUUGUGGCGCCGCCGAGCAGGCGCAGCAGCAGCAGCCAAUGGAGGGAAGCAGCAGGUGCUGCGGAGGAUAGCGAUGCCGCCGACUCGUGGAGCAGCGGCAGCAGCAGAAGCAGCUGCAUCAGCAGCAGAAGAAGCAGCAUCAGCAGUAACAACAGUUGGAGGCAACUGUCCACAGCUGAGCUGCAGCACUAUCAGCAGCACUAUCAGCAUCAGGAGCAACAGCAGCAGCAGCAGCAGCAGCAGCGCAUGCGACAGUGGCAGAAGAUCCAUAUGUUGUGCUCCGACGGGAUAACCGAAGGGCUCAUUUUGCUGCUUGCCGAGGCAUGCAGCAGCAGCAACAACAGCAGCAACAGCAACGACAGUGUUUGCUGCUGCUUCAGCUGCACAGGGUUGCUGCUGCGCUGUCUGCUGCUGCUGUGCGCUGAGAAGUGUCUGCAACAGAGGCUGCUGCGGCAUGGAGUCCCUCUUGUAGUGUUGCAGUUGCUGCUGCUGGGUGGCGGUAGAAGUAAUCCUGACGGAGUACCAGUGCCUUGCUGCCCGGAGAGACAGCAGCAGCAGCAACCGCAACAGCAGCAGCAGCAGCUGACGCAGGAACAGAUGUGGAGGCCAGACCAGAAGCAAAGACAGGACCUACAGCAGCAACAACAACAGCAGCAACAGCAACAGCAGCAACCCUUGGACGACUCGCAGCAGCACGUAGGAACUAAGGAUGCUGCUCCUUCAGCCACAGCAGCAACAGCAGCAACAGCAGCAACAAGAGCAGCAGCAAUGUUGCAGCAUGAGGAAACAUUGCUGCUUCUGGGUGAAGUUGUUGCUGCCUUUGUGGGGAUAACCCCUCGCUGCAGCAGAUUCGCUGCUGCUGCUGCUGCUGCUUCUUGCUGCUCUCCUGCUUCUCUUCCUGCGAUAUCGGGUAGACCAAUAUCACCAAUAGCAGCAGCACAUGCAACAGCAGAAGCAGCAUCAACGACGGGUGCACCUGCUGCUGCUGCUGCUGAGGAGCGAGAAGGGAGCAGAGGAAUUAUUUCCUUAAGAGGCAUUGCCCUCCAAUGGGAGCCUCCAGACACACAGGCAAGAGGCCGUGGUGCUGUUGCUGCCGCGGUUGCUGCUGCUGUUGCUGUUGCUGCUGAUGCUGUGGCUGCUGAUGCCUUAGUAGCUGUUGUUGCAGCUUUGCUGAUAGUGGAGGCCUUAGCACAGCUGCUAACACCUGCACUGCUGCUGCAGCUGCUGCCACAGCACGGUAGCUGCAGCACAUGCAGCGAGCUGCGGCUUCAGCAACUGUCGCUCCUCAGCAGCAGCAAUAGCAGCAGCAGCAGCGGCACAGCAGCAGCAGGGAAAGCCGCCUCCACCGAUUAUCCGGUGGAUCUGUGUCAAGAGGUAUCAGGAGCACCAGAAGCAGCAGAGCAAGCCACAGCACCAACAGUAGCAGCAACAGCAGCAGCAGCAGCAGCGACAGGCCCAACAGCAGCAUGCACGAGGAACCAGCUGCUGCGUUUUAUAAAUAUAUUAAUGGGCUGCCGAUACACCGCAGAUUGUCUUUGGAAUGAAAAUAACAGAAACACUGUCAAGGCAGAAACUGCACGGCAGCUGCUGCUGAGUCUGCGUUCUAAAGAUACCUACAGUCUGCCUUCUGCUAGGAGACGCAACAGCAACAGCAGCAGCAGCAGCAGCAAGCAUUUGCUGCCAGUGUGGUCUCUAGACGGCUUCUUAGCAGCAGAUGGCUUCCAUUAUCAGCACCCCGCCCUACGCAGAAAGGAGUUUGUAGGCGGUCUGUACUUAAGGCCGUUGGCCAUGCGGAUGCUAAGAGAGCAGCCGCUGAGGACACAUCUGCUGAUAUGGGGCCCCUUAAGCGACAGCAGCAGCAGCAGCAGCACGUGCAGCAGCAGCAACAAGAGCAAGAACGGUAGCAGCAAGUACCACAGAAGCUCGAGACUCUGGGGCAGCAGUAGUGCUGCACUGCGGCGAGCUGCUGCUACUCCUGCUGCUUUUGCAGCAACACUGGAGGCAUUGGUUACAUGUGUUGCUGCACCAGCAGAAGCUGCUGCUGAUGAGAAACCGCAAGAUGGAGUUCGCAACGCUGCAGCGACGGCAGCCGCGGCAGCAACGGAAACAGCAGCAGAAGCUGCUGCUGUUGCGGACAGCCCACUGUAUCAGCGCGUUGUGGGUGUUGCUGCCCUGCUGCAGCAGCGCCUCGUCGUGCUGGAGCUCACCCAGCAGCAGCUGCAGGAGAAGGAUUACUGCAGCAGCAGCCAGGCGGCGCUACCUUCGGUCCUGCUGCUGCCAUUGCUGGAGCUGCUGCUGAAGCAGCUGCAGCAGCAACCAAAGCCUCUCCUCUAUGAGAGUGCCUUCGAAUAUCGCCUUCUUGGAGGCCUUCAUUUCUUGGAGGCCCUCGCGUUCGCAGCAAGCAUUGCAGCACGGAAUAUUAUGGGUAGCGACCUAGUGCAAGAUACGCACGGUGUCCAUGCAUGGCAGCAGCAACAGCAGCAGCAACAGCAGGAGGUGGAAGCAUCUGCUGCAGCGUCAACAGAAGGAGCAGCAACUGCAGCAACAUGCAACACGAGUCUGUCCCUUAAUAAGCCAUGGCGUCGAUGUUUGCUGCUGUUGUUGCCUCUGCUGUGUGCACUGUUGAACUAUGGAGCAACAGCAACACCAGCAACAGCAGCAGCACCAGCACCAGCAGCAACAGCAGCUGUCGCUGCUGCCUUGCAGCAAGCUGUCAGCAACACUGGCAUUGGGAUGGUGCUCCUGCUGCAUGUCACACGGCACGCAGGCCAGCAGCUACAGCAGCAGCAGCAGAAACAUUCCGAAGAUGCUGCUGAAGAAUAUGCCAUCACUUAUUACGCGACUCAGCUGCUGGCAGCUCUGCUGCGAUGCACACAGCAGCAGCAGCUAACCUUAGUGGAUUCUGCUGCGGAUACAGCCCGGGGAAGAGAAUCAUCAACGUCUGCGGCGGCAGCAGCACUUGCUGCUGAUGUACGAGCAGCAGCACCGCAGGCUGCCUUGCCAACUGAAGCUGCAGCAACUUUGCUACUGCUUCUGUGGGUAGGUGGAGGCUUGUGUGGUGCUGCAUCAGUUGCAGCGGCGGCAGCAGCAGGCGCAGCAGCAGCAGCAGCAGCAGGAGCCGCAAACUGCAUGGUUCAAGCUGCUUCUGUCGGAGGGCAGGCCUGUGUUCGUUUGCUGCAGCAGCUGUGGAUCCGGCAACACGCACAGAGUAGCAGCAGCGGCAGCAGCAAAAACAGUUUGCUCCAGCAGCAGGUGCAGCAGCUCCAUCGAGUGCUGCUUCUCCAGAUUCAGAUGCAGCAGUCUGCAGCAGCUGCUGCAGCAGCAGCUCCUGCUGUUGCUGUUCCUGCAGCAAUAGCAAAUCCUUGCGCUGAGCUCGUAGCUGCUGAAGAGCUGCUGCAGCUGCUGUACAGUGGGAAGAAGCCGCAGCAACAGCAGCAGCGGCGCGUGGCUGCGCUGAGUACAGCGCUGCACUGGCAGCAGCAGCUGCUUCUAGGCGAUCUGCAGCAUUGGCGUCGUGCUACGAGGCAAUCAGCAGCACAGCAGCAUCUCUUCCUUCAGAAGCGCAGCAGCGGAGCGGCCUUAACGCGCUGCUGCAGCAGUGGCAGUAGCAGCAGCUGGAGCUGCAGCAGCACGAUCGACGAUGGUUUCUUGGACCACCAGCAACAGCAGCAACUGCAACAGCAGCAGGACCGGUUGCUGAUGCCGCAGCACUCUGCUGCAGCAGGAGCAGCAGCAGCGUGGCUGCUACUGCGGACACGGGAGUUGCUGAUGGCAGAGCAGCAGUUGCCUCUGCUGCUGCCAACCAAACCUUACCUGCUGCUCCUUCAGGUGUACAUGCAGAAGCCAGGCCGAAGUAUUGCGAGGAACGUGGAGGUGCUUCUGCAACUGUUGCAAACCAUUCGGCAGCAAAUGCAUCAACAGCAGCAGCAACAGCAGCAGCAGCAGCAAGGAGACGGCCAUUUCGAUGUUGGAGCUCUUGCUGCACUUUAUAGUAUUAGCAGCGCCGCCGCAGCACAAGCAGUAGCUAGCAUUUGCGGUGCUGCUGCUGCAGCAGACAAAUCUGCAGCAGCAGCAACAGCAGCAGCACUAGAAACAGGAGCCUUCCCAGCUGCUCCUGGUGCGUCACCCUCUGCAGCCACUGUUGGGCAGGGCCGCGCCAUUCUGCGGCAUCAGCAGCCGCAGGAGGAGCAGCAACAGGACAAUCAGUAUCAGCAGCAACAACAGCAUCAUUACCUGCAUCAGCAGCAACAACAGCAGCAGGAACAGCAACGACGAAUGGAGUUGCAUUUGGGCUCGAAAACAGCCAGAAAGUUGUCAGACUCGCUGGUGAUCAGCAGCAGCAGCAGCUGCAGCAGCAGCCAAAGGACCAAGAGCAACAGCUGCAGCAGCAGCAGCAGCUUGGGCGCAGACAGGAGGCGCAGCAAUGACAUACAAAUCAGCAACUGUCGGAGCAGCAGCAGUAGCAAGGCAAGGAGGAGGAGGCCUCCAUCCGUGGUAGACGGUGACGCAGCAGCAGCAUCAGGAUCUGCUGCUGCUGCUGCUGCUGCCGCUGCUGCGCAGCAAUGGAACAUGCCCGCCACUAUUGAGACUCUGCUGCAGGCUUUUACUCUUUGCUGCAGCGAUGGCGCUUCAGACUUUCUGCAGCAGCAGCAGCAGCGACAGAGGCAGGCUGCUGCUGUGCGCCAAGAAGUGCUGCACUGCAUGUGGCAGGGGGUAGCGCUGCUGUUGCUGCAGCAGGAGACCCCGUGGGGGCUAACGAAUGCCCGCAGUAGCAACAGAAGCAGCACCAGCUGCUGCAGCAGCACCAGUGGGGGUAUUUGCUGGUGCUGUGGAGAGAGUCACGAACGUUGCUGCUGCCAAGGAGCAGCAGCAGCAGAUCGUUUGCUUCUAUUUUCGCCGCUUUCCCCUGUAAGCGUUCAAUCUACUGCAACAGAUGCUGCAGCAGCAGCACCAGACGCUGCAGCAGCAGCAACAACAGCUGCAGCAGACUCCGAAAUGGUAACCGCAAGUUACCGCAGCAGUGGUGAAGCAGGAGAAGCUGCGGGUGCUGCAGGAGCACCGGCUCUGGAUGCUGCUGCUGCAGCAGCAGGCAUUCUGUGGCAGCAGCUGCUGCUGCAGCUGCGAGAAGCCUCCCUUCUUAGAGAGGAGACCUUAAUGCUGCUUCUGCUGCUGAUGGAAGCAGCAGCAGCAGGAGGGAUUCUUGCCAUGCUGCAGCAGCAGGCCAAACCGCCUUUGUUGCCACAGCAGCAGCAGCAGCAGGAGCGCUUUGCGCUUUUAGUGGCUCCGUUUCUGCAGCUCCUGCAGCAAGACGCAGCAAAUGUUUUGCGAUCCCUUUCGUUAGCUGGCAUCCGCUGCAGCAGCAGCAGCAGCAGCGGCAACAGUCGAGUGAAGCUACCAACUCUUUGGUUCUCUGCACUCCGUUCGAUUUUCGUACUGCUGUGUCUACUCCACAGUGGUGGAAACAGCAACAGCAGCAGCAACAACAGCAGCAGAUUGAGGUGUACACACCACAGGACAGCUGCAGCAGCUUUAGCCAUGUGGAGGCUUGAUAUUGACGCUGCAGCAGCAGAAGACAAACACAUUAAUGCAGCAGCCGCAGCAGAUGCUACUGCUGUUGCUGCUGUUGCUGCUGCUGCUGUGGAAGAAGAAGCAGCAGAGGACUGGCCUGAAUACUCUGCGGCGGCAGCAGCAACUGCUUUUGCUGCAGCGAGAGCAGCGGCAAAAGAGCUGCAGCAAGCAGGUGUGCUGCUGCCUCUUGUGCUGCUGGCUGGUAAUCACGGCAGCAGCACCAGCAGCAAACGAGCGACACGACACUGGAUUAUGAGCCGCAGCAGCAGCAAGGAGCUGCCGCUGCAGUGCUCGUUCUCUUCAACUUGCUCCACUACUACUGCAGCAGCAGCAGCAGAUGCAGCACUAGAGGGAAAUGUGACACGGCUGCGUAUGUGGGGAGAGCAGCUAAAAGCAGCAGCAGCAGCGUUAAGCAUCUGCAAACUUCUGCCUUCUGCGAAAGAAGAGCUACUGCAGCUGCUGCGACGGGGGCUUCCGCUGCAGCAGCAGCAGCAGCAGGGCGACAGCGAAUGUCGUGAUGCUGUUGUUUCUGCAGCAGCAGGGCUUCUCCUACACAGCAGCCGCAGCAGCAGCGAGGAACCCCCAAUGCUUCCUGUGUCUCUAUCCGAGGCGUCGCUGCUCGUUUGUCUACUAUCACGUACUGGUGGUGGUGCGGCUGCUGUGCCAGAGCAAAGUUGCCAUAGUAGAGGCAACAGCAGCAGCAGCAGAAGGGACCAGGCUGCUGCAGUUGCUGCUCAUCAGCAGCGUGCGGCUAGGUCCGCCCUUUAUAUGUCUCUCUUCAGCUAA